GAGUGUGCUAGGUCUGGGCUGAGCCCCCUGUCUGUACCCUACCCCAGCAGCUGGUGCAGAAGAGGCCAUGCGGCGCAGCGAUCCCAAGAGCGACGUGGUCCUGGAGCCUGUGGCCGCGGCACAAGAGGCCUGUCCAAUGGUCAGCAGGGUGCAGCUGGUCCAGGAGCCCCCACAGAGGACCGUGCUGGGGGUGCUCACAGAGAAUGGGCAGUUCCGGAGGGCCUGCGGCCAGGGGAUCGCAGCCUUCAGGUAUUUCUCUGGCCCAGAAAAUGCCUAUCCUGUUGCCGGCAAGAAGCCCCCUGACCUGGCCCUCCACAUGCCUCCCAAGCAUGGGUUCGACAUCUACAUGGACGACCCUGACCUGGGGGACGCGGGGUGCCAUGCCGGGUGCACGGAGGUGUACCAGGUGGGCCCUGCCUCCCACAGGUCAGACCUCCAUUUCCUGUUGGACUUCAGCACAGUGUCCCCAAUGCUGGUGGAGUCCUGCGUCCACUCGCAGCCCGAAGACUCCGUGCCUGAGCUGGGCUCCGACAUGAUCAACGUGACGGAGUAUGCUGAGGAGAUACACCAGUACCUCCGAGAGGCCGAACUGAGACACCGGCCCAAGGCACACUACCUGCGGAAGCAGCCGGACAUCACGGCGGGCAUGCGUGCCAUCCUGGUGGACUGGCUGGUGGAGGUGGCUGAGGAGUACAAGCUGUGUGCUGAGACACUCUACCUGGCUGUCAACUUCCUGGACCGCUUUCUCUCCUGCAUGUCUGUGCUGCGUGGCAAGCUGCAGCUGGUGGGCACAGCUGCCAUCCUGCUGGCCUCGAAGUACGAGGAGAUCUACCCGCCUGAGGUGGAUGAUCUUGUCUACGUCACCGACGACACCUACAGCAAGCGGCAGCUCCUGCGCAUGGAGCACCUGCUCCUGAAGGUGCUGGCCUUCGACCUGACCAUCCCCACCACCAACCAGUUCCUCCUGCAGUACCUGUGCAGGCAGGGGGUCUGCAUGCGCACACAGAACCUGGCCAAGUACGUGGCAGAGCUGAGCCUCCUGGAAGCUGACCCUUUCCUGAAGUACCUCCCAUCACUGAUCGCCGCCGCAGCCUACUGCCUGGCCAACUACACCGUCAACAGGCACUUCUGGCCAGAAACCCUGGCCGCGUUUACAGGCUACUCCCUGCAUGAGAUCGUGCCGUGCCUGAAUGAGCUGCACAGAACCUGCCUGGACAUGCCCCAGCGGCCUCAGCAGGCCAUUCGUGAGAAGUACAAGGCCCCAAAGUACCUGCAGGUGUCUCUCCUGGAGCCCCCCGCAGUGCUCCCUCUGCAGUGAGGCUGGACCUCUGCUCCCUGGGAUGCCGUCGCGGGCCUGAAGGUCAGCCCCUCAGAGGUCAAGGCAGAUGGGCGGCAAGACAGAUUCCUGUAAAUUUAUGUCUGGUUUCUUGGACUUAUAAUAUUAGCUUGUAAUAUAGUCUGACGUUUUAGGACCAGUAAAGAGCUUGCUUUGUGA